AGCGCGGACUGGAACAGAUCAGACAGCAGGUCGGUCGGUGCGCACGAGCUAGACCACACCGAGUCCCGGCGAAUUAAACCAACGGACCGAACCCCCGGUUUAAGAGGCGGCGGCACCCCCCUCCUGUGGACUAACGAUACGGGAAGUUACCUCCAAGCACACAGACGGACUUUUCGAGGGUCUCAAAGGCUUGUCCACCAUGUCGGGGAGCAGGGAGGAGGAGAGGAGGAAACUAGCCGACAUCAUCAACCACUGGAACGCGAACCGGCUCGACCUGUUCGAGAUCAGCCGGCCCACAGAGGACUUGGAGUUCCAUGGCGUCAUGCGGUUCUACUUCCAGGACCGGGUUGCCGGUAACUUUGCCACUAAGUGCAUCAGAGUCUCCAGUACAGCAACAACACAGGACGUCAUCGAGACGUUAGCUGAGAAGUUCAGACCAGACAUGAGGAUGCUCUCCUCGCCAAAGUACUCACUGUACGAGGUUCACGUCAGUGGCGAAGAGCGUCAGCUGGACCUGGAUGAGAAGCCUCUCGUCGUUCAGCUGAACUGGAACAAAGACGACAGAGAAGGACGGUUCGUCUUGAAGAAUGAGAACGACAUCCUGCCCAAGAAGAGUCAGAGUAACGGACCCGAGAAGGAGAAGGAUGGUGUGAUCCAAAACUUCAAGAGGACUUUAUCCAAGAAGGAGAAGAAGAAGGAAAAGAAGAAGGAGAAGGAGUUCGCCCGGAUUCCUGACGGAGACGAGCAGGCUCUCAGCAGAGAGGACGGGGAGAACAGUCGUCUGGCGGCGGAGGUUUAUAAGGACAUGCCCGAGACCAGCUUUACCAGGACAAUCUCCAACCCAGAGGUGGUGAUGAAGAGGAGACGCCAGCAGAAACUGGAGAAGAGGAUGCAGGAGUUCAUGAGUAGUGACGGGAGGCCGGACUCAGGAGGUACUUUGCGGAUAUACGCCGACAGCCUGAAGCCCAACAUCCCCUAUAAGACCAUCCUGCUCUCCACUAGAGACACGGCUGACUUUGCAGUGGUGGAGGCGCUGGAAAAGUACGGCCUGGAGAAGGAGAACCCUAGAGAGUACUGCAUCGCCCGGCAAGACGACAAAUCGGGCAAAGACAUGAUUCUGGACGAUACCGAGUGUCCGCUGCAGAUCUUCAGGGACUGGCCUGCUGAUAGAGGUGCACUAGUGUUCCAGCUGAAAAAGAGACCUCCUGACUACCAGGCCAGGAAGGGAAGGAAAGUGGACGACAAGGGCAAGGGUAGCAGCUCCUUACCGCCUGAGAAACUGCCUUACCUGGUGGAGCUGAGCCCAGGGCGAGGGAAUCACUAUGCCUACUACGCCUAUCGGCACCACGAAGACGGGUCCGACUCGCGGGACAAACCAAAGCUGUACCGUCUUCAGCACAGCAUCACUGAGGUCGGCUCGGACUGCACCGAGGACGGCGCCAUCCAGCUGCUCGGUCCAGGGAUCCUCCCCCACCACUGUAACCUCAUGCACAGUGAAGGCAUGGUGACUGUGACGCCUCACGGGCCCGACGCCGACACCUUCGUGGACGGACAGCGCAUCACAGAGACGACGGUGCUGCGUUCAGGGUCCACGCUGCAGUUCGGGUCCGCCCACGUCUUUAAGUUCGUGGACCCGAUGUUCGACCAGGGAGGGAAGAGGGAACCGGCGUCCAUGAUGAGGAGUCGACACAAGUCUGGCAGCGUUCCAGAAACCACCUUCGAUCUUCACGGAGACAUCCACAGUGGAGCCGCGCUGCCCACCAGCAAGAGCUCAGGAAAACUGGAGAUGGAGAGAGGAAUGGUGAAGCCCAUGAUCAGAGGCGAGCAGCAGGACGGCAGGUCUCAGGACGUUUCAGCUGACAGAACGGAGUUGACUCUGCCAGCCAGCAUCGAGUUCAGAGACAACUCUGAAGACACCUUCCUGUCCGCCAUCAUCAAUUACACCAACAGCUCCACGGUUCACUUUAAACUGUCGCCCACGUAUGUCCUGUACAUGGCGUGUCGCUUCGUGCUGUCGCCCUCGUACCGGCCCGACAUGUCGCCGUCGGAGCGCACGCAUAAAGUCAUAGCCAUUGUAAACAAGAUGGUGAGCAUGAUGGAGGGCGUCAUCCAGGAGAUUCCUGAAGGGGAUCAGAAGCAGAAGAACAUCGCGGGGGCUCUGGCUUUCUGGAUGGCCAACGCCUCGGAGCUGCUCAACUUCAUCAAACAGGACCGGGACUUGAGCCGCAUCACGCUGGACGCCCAGGACAUCCUCGCCCACUUGGUCCAGAUGGCCUUCAAGUACCUGGUCCACUGUCUUCAGGCUGAUCUGAACAACUACAUGCCUGCAUUCCUGGAUGAUCCCGAGGAACAUAAUCCACAGAGACCCAAAAUAGAGGACGUCCUCCACACUCUGACCGGAGCCAUGUCCCUCCUGCGGCGGUGUCGAGUCAACGCCGCUCUGACCAUCCAGCUCUUCUCGCAGCUCUUCCACUUCAUCAACAUGUGGCUGUUCAACAAACUGGUGACGGACACCGAGUCGGGGCUGUGCUGUCACUACUGGGGGGCCAUCCUCCGGCAGCAGCUCAGCCACAUCGAAGCCUGGGCCGAGAAGCAGGGGCUGGAGCUGGCAGCAGACUGUCACCUGAGCAGGAUCGUACAGGCCACCACUUUGCUCACCAUGGACAAAUACUCCAUGCAGGACGUCCAGAACAUCCACAACACCUGCUUCAAACUCAACUCGCUGCAGCUCCAUGCGCUCAUGAGCAACUACCACUGUGCUCCAGACGAACCUUACAUCCCACCUGAGUUGAUAGACCACGUGGUGGCGGUGGCUGAGAACACCGCCGACGAGCUGGCGAGGAGUGACGGGAGGGAGGUUCAGCUGGAGGAGGACCCAGACCUGCAGCUGCCCUUCCUCCUGCCUGAGGACGGAUACUCCUGCGACGUGGUGCGAAGCCUCCCCAACGGCCUGCAGGACUUCUUAGAGCCGCUGCUGCAAAGAGGUUUUUGCCGUUUGACGCCUCAUCCCCGUUCCCCCGGUACGUGGACGGUCCACUUCGAAGGAGCCGACUGUGACAGUCACUUCUCUGCUGCCGACAGCUCUGAGAUGCCAAUGAGGAAGGAGCCGGAGGUUGUCACGGUAACCCUAAAGAAGCACAAUGGCAUGGGCCUCAGCAUUGUGGCUGCCAAGGGUGCUGGUCAGGAGAAACUGGGCAUCUACAUCAAGUCCGUGGUCAAAGGUGGAGCGGCCGACAUGGACGGUCGUCUGGCGGCAGGUGAUCAGCUGUUGAGUGUGGACGGACGCAGCCUGGUCGGCCUGUCACAAGAAAGGGCGGCAGAGCUGAUGACGAGGACCGGCUCCGUUGUGACGCUGGAGGUCGCUAAGCAGGGCGCCAUUUACCACGGACUGGCAACCCUCCUCAACCAGCCCAGUCCCAUGAUGCCUAGAGCGUCAGACCGAGGCCGUGAGAAGAACGGGAAAAUGCGACCAAAGAGCGAAGGCUUCGAGUUGUACAACAACUCGGUGCAGAACGGCUCCCCGGAGAGUCCGCAGGCCGGCUGGGAUUCCUACCCCGAACCAAAGAAGAUGAGCGGCGAAGACCGCCUCCUGAAGAACCGAGCCGACCACCGCUCCAGCCCCAACGUAGCCAAUCAGGGUCAGAGUCCUGCAGGAAAGGCGGUUUACCCUGGAGGACCUGGCACCAAGAUCACCUCAGUUUCCACGGGAAAUCUGUGCGCAGACGAUGAGCCCUCCCCUCCCCGUCCAGAAGCAUACCCCAUCCCCACCCAGACCUACCCCCGAGAGUACUUCACCAUCCCAGCCUCGAAGAGCCAGGACCGCGUAAUGGGUCCUGGGCAGGGGCCCCCCCAGCACUGGCAGGGCAUGGAGGACAGAGAACGCCUUCCCAUGGUUGAAAACAUCCACAACAGCAUGCAGCGGGUUAAUCACUCUCAGGAGGAGUUGUACCCCCCACCCGGAGUUCUGCGGCCCGACAUGCAGCAGCACUACCACCAGGACUACCAGCACCGGGACCUGGACUACCAACACCGGGACCUGGACUACCAGAGAGGACCACCAGGAGGUGUGGGAGGUCCCGACCACUGGGCGCCACAGCCUCAGGUGUCGUCCUCGUUGGAGUCGUCCACGUCGAGCCAGGAGCACCUCAACUUCUCCGCCUCGUCCUCCUCCUCCAACAAAACCCAGAACCAGAAAACGGGCCCGGGUCGAUGGAAGACGCCCAACGCCCCCCACGCCGUGCCGCCUCAUCCCGCUCAGGCGCCGUCCCGUUCAGACCUGCCGCCUCCUCCGCCCCCACCGCCCGCACCGUACCCCGACGCCUAUGACCCCUACGAAGCCCAGCCCGAACUACCUCUGCCUCCGCCCCCUGCCGCCGUCACCCCGGUAACGGCUCAGCAGGCCGCCGACCGCAAGAAACGGGAGGAGCAGCAGCGGUGGUAUGAGAAGGAGAAGGCUCGCCUGGAGGAAGAGAGGGAGAGGAAGAGGCGGGAGCAGGAGAGGAAGCUGGGUCAGAUCCGGGCCAACCCUGUCAUGCCCGUCCAACCUCACAACAACGGAGGGUCCAUGCCCCCCCCACACCACCAGCCCCCCCUGGCCUCCGUAGCCCCGCCCCAGCCCUACCUCCCUCCGCAGCCCCAGCCCCAGCCGCCCCCAUCCAGACCGGAGAAGCUGGCCAGCCUGCCUCGGUCGGCCGUCCCACCCCCUGCCAGUGCCUCCAACCCCGCCGGCAUGGACACGGUGAUCAGGGAGCUGCUCCCACAGCAGCAGCCGAGGACCAUCGAGAGACGAGACCUGCAGUACAUCACCAUCAGCAAGGAGGAGCUCACGUCCAGCGACAGCUUGUCUCCAGACCCCUGGAAGAGAGACGCCCGAGAGAAGGCUGAGAAACAGCAGCAGCUUCACAUCGUCGACCUGCUGGACAAGGAGAUCCAGGAGCUCCAGGCCAAACCUGAGCGAACGGCGGAGGAGAGCGACCGCCUCAGGAAGCUGAUGCUGGAGUGGCAGUUCCAGAAGCGACUGCAGGAGUCCAAGCACAGCGACGAAGAUGAGGAGGAGGAGGACGACGAGGACGUGGACACCAUGAUGAUCAUGCAGAGGCUGGAGGCGGAGAAGAGAGCCAGGCAGACUGCUGUCCCAGCUAUCUCUGUUCUAGACUUGUUGCAGGACGAGGAGCGACGGCGUAAACAGCAGCUGGAGGAGAUUCGUAAGCGGGAGGCGGAGGAGCGAGUGAAGCAGGAAGAGGAGAGGAGGUGGAGGGAGGAGGAGAGAGCCAAACGAGAGGCCGAGGAGAAGAGGAGACAGGAGGAGGAGUACUACACUCGCCUGGAGGCCGAGCGGCGCCGGCAGCACGAGGAGGCCGAGAGAAAGCUGCUGACGCCAGACGAGCCGGCCGGUCUGUAUCGGCCCCCGCUGCCCCGGGAUUACCAACCCCCCGCCCCGCACAACCCUACUAACACCCCCCCGCCCCCCCCACAGAGAAACACCUCCUACCUCAAAACCCAGGUCGCCUCCCCCGACACGCUCUACACCGCCAAGUUUGUCUCCUACGCGGGCGAUGAGGAAGACGAGGAGGAAGCCACCACCAAAGCAGGGAGUGGCGGCGGCCAAUCAGGUCAGGUGAAGCUGUCGGCGACCCGGAAGUCGUACGGCGACCUCCCGGCCUCCGUCUCGCCAAAUCACAGCAAGCCUCAGCCGCCGCCCACUGCGCGCAAGCCCCGCCCUCUUUCUGACGGCAUCUUCCUGUCUGGCUCGUUCCAGCCGCCAGUCAACAACUCCAACAGUACAGGCCCCCCCCUUCCUGCCAAACCCAGCUCCAUGCCCCCCGGAGGCUUUAAAGGAUUUAACUCAUACACUGGAAACUCAGCAGGAGUUGUAGGAUCAGGAGAAGUCUACAAGGACCCGCGAGACAAGUGGACGAAAAGUCAGGAGCAGGAGAACUCGAUCCCCAGCGGCGCUCCGGAGAGUCUGACCUUCAAGGAGCGCCAGCGUCUCUUCUCUCAGGGGAAGGAGGUUUCCAACAAGGUCAAGGCUUCACGUAAACUCAUGGAGCUGGAGAACGAGCUCAACACCAAGUAGUAGACCGAGCCCAUCGCCUCCUAGUGUCACCUUAACCGCCGCCGCCACCGGAACGUUAAGGUGCUCCUGGGAAAAGAAAAAAAACAACAAACAACAACAGAAAACCCACGGGUGGAAAGAGCCGCCGCCACCGCCGCUCACUUCCCUUCCACUGGCCGUCUCUUCCUUUUUUUGUGUUGUUUGCCCAUUUUAUUUUUUUAUUUUAAUCAUUUAAAUAACUGGACCAUUCACUUUUUUUGACGUAGCUAUAUCGUUGCAAUAGGAGAGACAUUUACGGCUUCAAACUCCCUCCCCUCGUUAAGGUCUGUCAAAGAUAUAUAAUGAUAAAGCACUGUACAAACCUUUGAAUUCUAUCUGGUGAGAAUUUGAUUUCACGCGACUAAAGGGGAUAUAUUUUUGUUUGUAAAACGGUUCUUGGGCGAGGGAUGGAGAAAGGUUCAUUCUCAUUUUAAAUUUUUUUUUUUUUUUUUUUUUUUAAUGGCUUCAUCGAAUACGAACAGUUUUAUUGUGUUCUUUUAUCGUUUUUUUUCUCGGCAUCAUGUCGUUUUUUUCUGACUUUUAAUUCCUUCUCGCCAGCAGAUACGCCCUCUGAGCUCCAGACCAACCUUUAUUUUCUUGUUUUUUUGUUUUUUUUUUUAUUUUAAUUAAAUUCUCAGUGAGUGAAAACACUGUUAUUUCAUUCCGUAGCAAGAAAGCAUGGGAAUUCUUUUUAUUUUAAUUUUUUUGUUUUUGUUUUGUGAUGUUUUAGAUAAAUCUCCGGAGGAUUCUCCAGAGGAUGGUCUUACAGUCCAGACACGGAUCUUUUAAGUGCACAACAUUACUGUAAAUAUUCAGGUCCACAGCUGUCUCACUCUUUUACUACUGUCGAAAACCUGCCAGGCUACUAAAAAAAAAACUGCAAAACUAAUGUGAUUUAACAGCAUUCGGUGGCAGACGUUCUGCCAGAACUGGACUAUCUACCGCCCUCUUUCAUUCUUUCUUUCUCUCCGGAGUGGAAUUUUUAAUCGUUUUCUCACUCCGACCUGAGGUAACUUUAACUUUAUUUUUUUAUUUUUAAUCCGAGUCAUGUUUUUUUGUUUUGUUUUGUUUUGUUUUUUUUGCAGAGUUGUGUGAGAUUAAUUCGACCGACUUUUUACCCUAAAUUCAAUCCGGAAAAACUAAACUCCUUCAAUGUGAUUAAUGUUGGUUUCCACGGUAAAAAAAUAAAAAAAUAAAAAGGAAAAAAAAAUAAAAUAAAAAGGAAACUUGUUUGCUUUACAGAUAUUUAUUUCAAACCUUGUGGAAAAAAGCAAACUUGCACAAAAAGUUUUAAUUUAAAUAUGUAUCAGCAAACUGUUGUGAGAUUACAUUUGGGACCUCUCAUACUGUGGUAACAAUCUGUGAUAUAGUUCUGUUUUCUUUUUUCUUUCUUUUUUUUUUGCAUUAGAAACAGAAGAGUGUUCUGUUUUUACACCAGCUGUAGUCGGAGAGAUCCAGGAGGUUUUUAAGGAACUGGAGUCGAGGUGACAGACAGAAUUGUAAAUGUAAAAAAAAAAACUAUAUAUACACACACGAUUUACAUAGUCACGUUCACCGCCACUGCUGCUCUGCUGAUGUAGAAAACGAACGCACCUCCAAAACCCAGUGUCUCCCAGUCAAUUUAAAACGCCAGAAAAAAUAGUGACGUUUCAAAUGUAUUUCUCUUCUGCAGUUUGAGUGACUCCAUCCUGUGUGUGGAUUUCUUUUUUUUUUUUUUUAUUUCUCCAGGAGCCUCCACUAAAGCAGAUUUUUUUUUCAUGGUGACAUAAGAUGCUGUUAUUUACUGACCUGUAAAAAACAAAAAAACAAAAAAAAAAAAACACUACAGACCCGUCUCUCCCCCUCCCGCCCCACAGUUCCUUUUUAGGUUUUAAGAUGAACUGAUUCAUUUAAAUGGUUUCAUGUUUAGCCUUUUGUAAAUCAUUAAUAAAUACAGAUUUUUCAACA